AUGUUGGGUUUGUAUACGGAUAAUGUCACUGCUGAAAAUAACACCAAUGAUAAUAAGGAUGACACUCUUAUCGACCUCACGAAUAAUAGCUCUGGUAACAAUGACACUGUUGGCAAUGACGCUGUUGAAGAUGAACAUAUCGAUGACUUUAUUAAUCACUCUGUUGAUGGUUUGUUUGACGAAUCAACUAUUACCGAUGAAACUGUACAGCAAACAGAUAACGACGUCAAUAUGGUUGGCUCAAGCUUUCCAGUAGUAAUCGAGUCUAUCCCUGCCACUGUAAGAGAUGAGCUUUCUACUCAAAAGGUGAUGAGGAUGACUUUUUUGAUGCUGAGGGUACUAUCUCUAUGUCUACGGACCAAGAUUUCUCUGAUUGCGAAUUCAACAUUGGUGUCAUGA